AGCUCACACAAUUUACGUAUAUCGUAAGUUGAUAUACUCUGUUAUUGUAAUCCGCAUACCAAAAUUUCUAGUGAAAUUUUCAAUGAAAUUCAGUUUUCUACUCAUCAAAACUUCAAAAUAGUUUAAAAAAUUAGCCAAUUUUAAUGUUAGAAACACUUUUAUUGAAUUGAAUUUCAUGAGAUUACCGUAGCCAAACUGUUUUAAUAGGUAAAAACGAACAAAAUGAGUGGGAAAAAAGAGGCAAAAUUAAACAAUAAAAAGUUUACGAUUGGUUCAGUGCCAAUAAAUCAACGAAGUCCAAGUUCAAAACACACCAAUAAAAACACAGUGACCAACACGAAUGGUUUGAUGGACGGAAAUCCAGUGAAGAAAGUUGAGACCAAUGGCCCAUUGACAGCAAGUAAUAAACCAUCACCAACCAAAACUAGUCGACAUCAAGUGAGCGCAAACUGGAACAAUGUGGCCGGCUCAUUAAAAUCUCAACGAACUAUUCCGUCUGCCAAAAAAAUAGGUUUUCUUCCAAAGUCAAGUGCCAUUGCAUUGGAUUGUGAAAUGGUUGGAAUUGGGCCGAAUGGAAAGGAUCAUAUGCUGGCACGCGUUUCAAUAGUAAAUGAACGUGGUGAAAUUAUCAUGGACGAAUAUGUUAAACCAACGAAGCCAGUCAUUGACUAUCGCACACAGUACAGUGGCAUUACGCCAAUGCACUUAGAAGAUGCCGCCAAUUUUGCUGAUGUACAAGCCGAAGUUAGCCGAAUUAAAUUCAAUCGAAUUUUGGUUGGACACGCUUUACACAAUGACCUGCGGGUUCUUAAAAUGGAACAUCCAAAAAGACUUAUACGAGACACAUCAACAUACAAAAAGUGUAGAGAAUUCAGCGAAGGACGAAGCCCUUCAUUGCGUUUGUUGGCCAACUGCAUUCUAAAUUAUGACAUUCAGACGGGAGCACAUUGUUCGGUGGAGGAUGCACAGGCGACAAUGGCCAUUUACAAGAAAUUCGCUCGAAGUUGGGAAAAAACAAUGCAAAAAACAAUGGAAAGAUAUUUAUAAUGAUAAUUUGGAUUUGUUAUAAUAAACCGACAAAUAAAAGCAGAUUAUUUUUUUAUUUAAAAAAAAAA